CUGUUUUUAUGUUCCAUAAAAUUGUUGAUUUUUUGCCAAUGUUCUUUUCUCCAUUAUAUAUUAGAUUGUAUAUUCAUGAGUUUUCAUCAAACAUAAAAUUAUAUUUUCAUAUUUUUUGUUUUCCACAAAGAAACGAGAAGAAGAAGAAUAAAACAAAAAAAGGAUGACGAGAGAAGAGCUUCCAAAUUUGGCAGAGUCGAAGUUAACAGCUUUGGUCGUAGAUGACAAUUUCGUAAACCAAAGCAUACAUCAAAAACUUUUGGCUCGUCUAGGGAUUACAAACGAAGUCGUUUGUAACGGGAAAGAAGCUGUUGACGCUCAUUGUUCCGGUAGAAACUAUGAUCUUAUUCUUAUGGAUAUGGACAUGCCCAUCAUGAACGGUAUUCAGGCGACAAAGAGACUAAGGGAGAUGGGGAUAGAGAGCAAGAUAGCAGGAGUAACGACUAGAGCUAACGAAGGAGAGAAGAAAGAGUUUAUGGAAGCUGGCCUUAAUGACUUUCAAGAGAAACCUCUUACUAUCUCUAAGCUUCUCUCUAUUCUUCAUAAAUUUGAUUUUUAUGUCCAAACCUAA